AUAUGAUAUGUGUUAUAGUCAUUUUUCUCAUUUCCUGCGCGAUGAUUGUCUCUUUUUGCUCAAAGAAUAGUCGAAAAUGUGAAAGAGAAAAUGGGGAUGCAGAAGAAAGAAAAAAUACACUGUUGAUGAUUAGCGAUAAUUUUUUGGAUCCCGAGGAUCCAGAAUCUUCAAGUCUUCGUGGAAUAUCAAGUGAAUCAGUCUUCUCAAAUGAUAUUACAACAGUUUAUCCGCCAGUAGCUUCUCCAUCUACAACAACUUCUGCUCAACAAUCCUCGUCUAGUUCCAGUCAAUAAAAUAUU